UCUCUCCACCCCACUCAAAAGGAAAACAUUCGACUCCUCAACUUCAAUACCUUAUUUUAGGGUUUAACAUAUACAAAACAAUGGCCUUCAAAAACUCUCUUCCCCUCUUCCUUGCCCUAAACCUCCUCUUAUUCACUCUGACCGCGGCCACACGCUCGGGCUGCCCCCCGCCGCCUCACAAGCACAAGCCCGGGCCUAAGCCGGGCCCCGGCUCGGGCUCCCCAAGCCCAGGCUCGGGCUCCUCGAGCCCGGGAACGUGCCCUAGGGAUUCCCUCAAGCUUGGAGUUUGCGUUAACGCUCUCAAUCUUCUCAACGUGACGCUCGGUUCUCCCCCCGUGAAGCCAUGUUGCAGCCUUAUUCAGGGUUUGGCUGACCUUGAGGCAGCCGUCUGUCUCUGCACUGCCCUUAAAGCCAGCAUUCUCGGCAUCAACCUUAACGUUCCUAUUAACCUCACCUUGCUCCUCAACGUCUGCAGCAGAAAGGCUCCACGCGGCUUCCAAUGCCCUUGAAAAAAGAUGAUCUCUAUAAUAUGAAUGAUUAUGUUCUAAUCUGUUGGUUUCAAUCUAUUUGUUGUUUGCUUUUGUCACGUCUUUUCUUUUGAAGUGGCCGGGUGAGGACGAUGACCGUUCUUACGCAAUAAGGGUGUUUGGCUUUUGCCUGUGUUUGUGGAACUUCACGCUUCAAUGCCUCUGGAUGUCUGUAUCUGUUUAUUUGAUUUCAUGAAUAAAAUAUGGGUCUUAUGUUUUCUUUUA